CACUGCCGAGCCUGCCGCUUUCUCUAUCCCCUCUCCCUCUCCCUGCGCAGCUCCUCGCCAUUUCCAGCAGUCGGAGCAUCGACAACACCGGCGUCGUCGUCGUCGUCUUCUUCCUUCUUCUUCUUCGUCGAUGCACAUGUGAAGCGGGCUUACACGUUCAUGGCCUCCACUUCCUCCAUCUCUCUCCACUCCCUUCCCAAGUUGACGCUGCGGGCGAGCUGCCGGAGCCGUGGGCCGGAGCUCGGGUUCUUCGGCGUGCCGUGCUCCGGCCACCGCGCGCGCGGCGGGUUGCGUGCUCGGCCGGGGCCGCCGUCGCGAGAUGAACCGAGGUUUCUCAGGUACGGAGGCUUGGUGAUAGUGGCGGCUUCGGCUUCUAGGUCCGGCCGGAGUCGGAGAGCGUAUCGGGAGGGUUCUUCGCUGGCUGCUGCUGCUCCCGUGAAGCAGGUCGCGUCCUUUGCUGUUCCCGCCGGAGUAUUUGUCUUCGUGACCUUUGUUUUAUGGAAGCUGGUGGAAAAACUUAUGAUGCCAAAGCAGGGGACGCCUUCAAAAAUUGAAAAUAAAUCUCCUACACAGGGAAUGAAAUGGUCCUUUGCUGCGGGCACAAAUCUCUUAUCUAACCUCAAUGCAAAGAUUGAAAGACAGUCAAAUCUGAAGAUCAAUGAGUUUGCUAAGGAACUUAGGUCAUUCAGUAGCGUUGACAUGUCAGGUCGUAACUUUGGAGAUGAAGGUUUAUUUUUCCUGGCAGAGAGUUUGGGUUACAAUCAGACUGCAGAGGAAGUAAGUUUUGCUGCCAAUGGAAUUACAGCCGCUGGAAUAAAGGCCUUCGAUGGUGUUCUUCAAUCAAAUAUUGUAUUAAAGACUCUUGAUCUAUCUGGAAAUCCAAUUGGAGAUGAAGGAGUGAAGAGUCUGUGUGAUGUAUUGGUGAAUAAUACGGGUAUCCAAAAGCUCCUACUGAACAGUACUGAUUUGGGGGAUGAGGGAGCUAAGGCUAUUGCAGAGUUGUUGAAGAAAAACUCAACGUUGCGAAUUCUUGAACUCAACAACAAUAUGAUUGAUUAUUCUGGAUUUACAAGUCUUGCAGGAGCAUUGCUCGAGAAUAAUACCAUACGAAAUUUACAUCUAAACAACAACUAUGGUGGUGCACUGGGGGCCAAUGCUUUGGGUAAAGGGCUGGAGGGAAACAAGUCAUUGAGGGAACUUCAUCUGCAUGGUAAUUCCAUUGGAGACGAAGGAGCACGUGCUCUAAUGUCUGGUUUAUCCUCACACAAAGGCAAACUCGCUCUUUUAGAUAUUGGCAACAACUCAAUUAGCUCAAAAGGUGCCUUUCAUGCUGCCGAAUAUAUCAAGAAAAGCAAGAGCUUGUUAUGGUUGAAUCUCUACAUGAAUGAUAUAGGUGACGAGGGAGCAGAGAAGAUUGCUGAUGCUUUGAAGGACAACCGGACUUUAACGACAAUAGACCUGGGGGGAAAUAACAUCCGUGCAAAGGGAGCUGCAGCCAUAUCUCGAGUGUUGAAAGACAACAGUGUUAUUACAACUUUGGAAAUUGGUUAUAAUCCUAUCGGUCCAGAUGGAGCACAGGCUUUGGCUGAAGUUCUCAAGUUUCAUGGAAAUAUAAAAACCCUAAAGCUUGGUUGGUGUCAGAUUGGAGCCAAGGGUGCUGAGUCUAUUGCAGAUAUGUUGAGAUAUAAUACUACCAUAUCCGUUCUGGACUUGCGGGCUAAUGGAUUAAGAGAUGAGGGUGCAGUUUGCCUCGCUCGAAGCUUAAAAGUGGUUAAUGAAGCUUUGACUUCACUUGACUUAGGAUUUAAUGAAAUAAGGGAUGAUGGUGCUUUUGCCAUUGCCCAAGCACUUAAGACCAAUGAAGAUGUGGCAGUUGCCGCCUUAAAUCUUGCCAGCAACUUGUUUACUAAAUUUGGACAGAGUGCUCUGACAGAUGCGAGGGACCAUGUUUUUGAGAUGAGCGAAAAGGAAAUCAACAUCUUCUUCUAGACGGUAGCCAGUCCUUUUACUAAAAUGCAUCUGUCCUGACAGUAUAGCAGGAAUUCCCAUUCUUUCACUCGUUCUUCUUUCGGCAGUUCUCUCGUAAAGGAGAAGACCCAAAGCUCUUCUUGGUUGUAGUGGUUGUGGUCUUUAGAUUGACCAAGAGGAGUUAGAGUUGGAAAAUUUUUGAGUUGUGAGAGAUCAUAGUUAGCUUCGGGAAAUGUAAUUUUUAGUUCAAAGGAUAUGACAGUUGUGUUUUGCAGAUAAUAAACGCGCAAGGAUAUAAUAAAAUCUCCUUCUCAUUUCUCAUCGAA